AUGAGAACCCCCACAACAACUACUACACCCUUCACAUACUCCGCCACCGCCACUGCACCGAUAGUGCUAGACAUCUCCAUCCCGCUUGUCCUGCUUGGCCUUGAGAAAUUUCAUCCUGAGCUCGCUUUUGGGGAGGACCGUCAUAUGACGAGACUCAUAAACUUAUGCGAAAACUUAGCCAACGCUUUGGACGGAUCUGGAUACAUUGUCAAGCUAUGGCGAGAUACUGUUUUCGAGGAGAAACUAGGGCAUAAUCCGACGCAAGAUGAGACGAGAUUGUACGAAGAGCGAAGAGCAGCAUGGCGAAGAACGGAGCAGAAAAGAUGGGAUGGCUUUAUUCUCAGCGCUGACUGGGCUCUCCGCAUGAUGCCUGAUCAUCCACAGCCGCCAUCAAAGACUUCGGAAUUCGAUCUGCCUACUGUAGAACCAGUUGGUAUGCCCCCAACCUUACGCCCAGGCGACUUCCUUCUGACGCCUUCCGAAGCCCAUGUAGCUUCCACCUCACACAUCUGGACGCUCCCUUUCACACUCCAGCGCGUCAAUCUACUCGCCUCCCGUAGAGACGCCUGGGAACUUGAAAUCCACACCGUCAUGAAAGCGCUAUCCCGUAUCAGCAAUGCGGAAAACUCCAACCAUUCGGAACACCCGGAGAUCAAGCGUCCAUUCGCCAUCAUCGCGGCCGAACGGUGCUACCCGAACGUAUCCUUCCGUCACUCAUCCUCGUUCGGAACCAAGCCAACGCCGUGGGAUCCUUACACCGUUCAAAACCUCCUGCUCCUAACGACAGCGUUUGAACGCGAACUCUCCACACUCGCGACGCCAACAUUUCUACUCACGUAUCGUCCACUCAGCCAAUUCCUUACGACUAUGGAGGUGAAGAAGAUGCGGCGCUCCUACCGAGCGCUUUGGACAGAACUUAGGCGAGAUACGAAAGGUGACCAGGAGGAAGAUGUAGAGGAAGGGGAAAGACGCACACGCAAGAAGGUCCUUGAAUGGAGAGGUGAUAUUGAUUGGGAGAAUGGAAUCAUGCUUAAAAGGGAGCAGCUACUUGGCGAGGGGGGAACUAGCUGGUGCGACUAUCUAUAUCGUCUGAUGGACGAGGGCAAGGGAGGCGGACUAGUACGAGAUAUUGCGAAGAGGACGACAUGCGAGAAGGGCACCCGAUUAUCCCUCGGCCUCAGUCUCCAAGUCGAUCGUAUCGACAAAGAUCCAAAUGGUCCCAAGUCUGAGUCUGAGAAUGAGCAUGGAGACGAGACACCGGCAACCCAGCGGGCCCCUCACAAGCCACAGCUCACGCAAUCAUCACUCCCUCCCUCACCGCCACCGCCACCGCCUGAUCCCCAUCCUUCUGUUUCUGUGAUCAACUUGCCGAUCCCACUACAAGGCCUCGACGCCGGACCCCUCCUCGCCUACAUCUCCCUCCUCUCUUCGAUCCUGCACUUCGCCUCUGAAACCGACCGCAAAGAAGUUUACGAAUAUGUGAGCAACACCAAAAUUGAUGCAAGGAGAGCGACAGAGACGCCCAUGCAGGGAUUGAAGAAAUUGACGGAGUCGAAAAGGGUGCGUGUGGGGCAGCAAAGCAUCGAUGUCCUGAAGAGCGAAGUAGCCCGUUUUCUUGGAGAUGGUGAUACGGUUGGAGUACAGGAGCAGAAAGAGGAUGAUUCCUUUUCGAAGGUGGAGGGUUUUGUGAGGAGGAGGUACGAGGACGGGAGAAGGUUCGUAGGCGGCUGCGGCCAUGGGGAAGGGCCGGAAGGGUUGGGAGGGCUGCAUGGUGCAGGGGAUGGAGAUACCGGAGACGGUAAGAGUUCUGCACACCGGCAAUCUCAAAAGACCCGGCUGAGUUAUCUGGAGAGGUACGAGUACGCGGGUGGGUUCUCCGUGCCGGGAAGGACAAAGGUGCUUAGUCUCUUGGAAGCGGAAGAAGAUGCCAGGAAACGGCUGAAGGAGGAGAGGGAUCGAAUCGAUGGCGAUCCUAGUGGUGGUGACAGAAGCGGGAAAAGGUAG